UGCAUUCAUGGUGUGAAUUUCAGUAUGUUUGCGGAAGUACAUCCAUUUCUAGUGGUACACACGAGUUUUGGGAAGGGGAUUUAUUCUGAUGGAUUAACAACAUUAGGGGGAUUGCGUUAUUCUAGGAAAUAUUAGCGCGUCCUCUUCCAGGUAAGCUCUUGUGAAAGCAGUGGAUGUUGCUCAGGUCUGAGACACUGGCCAGUUUCUCAAAUCUGCACAAGAGUCCACUUGAGUGAUUCCUCAGCAUGGCCAGACCCCUCCAGGUCCUCUCCCUGGCCUCCAGGCUUGGAGCUCUGUCAGUGAUGCCCCAGGUUUCUGCCAACAGCAGCCGAUUUGCCAGCAGAGAUGCAAAGGCGUGGAUGAGACCGAGCCAUGUGCACAGAGUCUCAGACAGAGCACCAAGACACAGCCGUGAGCUCUCUGAUGAGGACCUUGACAUGGAGGAUGUAGAGGACAAGCUCCAGGACUUUAUCGAUAAGGAGAAAAAGAGGCAGAGGACUGUGAAAUACCAUAUACUGAGGAGGCAGAUGACCCCACCAGGAGCUCCAGUGAGGAGGCUAAGCUGGGAUGCUAUAGAGCAGAUCAGGUAUCUAAAGCAAGAGCAGCCAGAGGAGUGGACAGUGGAGCGUCUGGCUGAAGGCUUUUCUGUCACCCCCGAUGUCAUCCAGAGAGUCCUCAGGAGCAAGUUUGUCCCUCCUCCUGAAAGAAAAGCCAAGCAGGACACUCAAGUAAUGAGAAGGCUCGGACAGCAGGCUCUGUCUCCAGGUGGGACAGGACAGGACAGGCCGAGGCUGCCUGGGCAUGGCGCACCAGCUAUACUGCCCUCUGGAGGCAAAGCAGGAGAACUGGCCCCUGUGGCCAACCAGACUCUGAUACCAAGUGGUACCAAAAGCUCAGGAUCCCUGGUGGCCAGUGCCAGUACUCUCACCCCUGUUGCCACUCUGCCCUCCUUGCCCUCAGUCUCACCAGCUGAACUUAGUAAACAUGCAUCACUGACAACAAGAUCAACAGAGGAAGACAGUGCGACCAAAAACAGAGCUUUAGAGGAGAAAGAAGAAGAAGAGGAGGAGGAAGAGGAGAGCUGGGAUGGGUGGGUGUUGUCUGAGGAUGAACUCAAAGAGCUUAUGCUAACAGCAAAGCACUCUCCUGCGGUGCAAGUUGGGAAUGAUUUCUUUGACACAGAGGGAAAUUUUUUGUAUAGAAUCUGAGGAUAUCCUGCAUAAGGUUGUUGGGUCAUUUUUGUGCACUUUUCAGGUUGGCCUAAUUAUUUAGAUAGGAUGUUCUGACCAAUGGCUGUCAACAACAUCAGGUCAGUUGUGUACACAGGUAUUAAAUGAGGCGAAGGAGUGGGUGGUAAAACAGAAUGUCCUGUGUUUGUAGAGAAUGUAUUUGUUGUUUUCAGCAACCAUAUUUCACAGAAAUAUGAUCUUGGUCAGACAGGUGAGCGCCCUGUGAACCGACUGAAAAUAUCAAUUGUGACAAUGACAAACUACUGUGUCAACUACAGUAUAUGACAUCCACAGCUUGUUGGGGUUUUUUGCAAGCUUCACAUUUUACACGGCAGUCUGUAAAAAAAGAAAAAAUCACAAAUACCUUACAGAAAUAGAGGAACAUGUUAAUUUAUUGGUCAACCCAGAGCAAAUUGCCUCAAAUAUACAGAAGAGAGAAACAUAGCAGAUACAAAGAUGUAACAUUGUAUAUUUACAGAACCAUCACAAUGACUUAUUGAUUUAUAGUGUUUCCAACGGCAAGGAAAAUAUGUCACCACCACAAAAUGCAAUAAAACCUUCAUUAAAUAAGAAUUU